AUGGUCAGAGACUGCAGGCAUGAUACAAGAGACGGUCACAGACUGUAGACAUUAUACAGGAGAUGGUCAGAGACUGCAGACAUGAUACAGGAGAUGGUCAGAGACAGUGGGCAUUAUACAGGAGUUGGUCAGAGACUGCGGACAUGAAACAGGAGAUGGUUAGAGACUGCAGACACGAUACAAGAGAUGGUCAGAGACUGCAGACAUGAUACAGGAUAUGGUCAGAGACUGAAGACAUGAAACAGGAGAUGGUCAGAGACUGUGGAAAUGAUACACGAGAUGACCAGAGACUGCAGACAUGAUACAAGAGAUGGUCAGAGGAUGCAGGCAUGA